AGGGAUAGGGGUGGCCGCAGCAGCGGCAGGGGAGGUGGAGGGCUACGGUGGCGCCGUUGGAGCGGGUGGGGGUGGUGGGACCCCUGGAGGGGUAGUGGCCGGCACCCCCCGAAUAAGGGUUGCGACCCUCGGGGGGUCUUGUUGCGCACCCCUGCCCGUCACCCAAUCCCACAACAUAGGGAGGUGCGGUUUGGCGAUGCUCCUAUCAUGCGCGGGAUGCGAGAAACCAAUUUUGGAUAAAUUUUUGCUGAAUGUUCUGGAUCGAGCUUGGCACGCAGAUUGUGUUCGGUGUUGCGUUUGCGGGAGUGCACUUCAAGACAAAUGUUUUUCCAGAGAAGGGAAAUUAUUUUGUAGAAACGACUUUUUCAGACGUUACGGCACAAAAUGUGGCGGCUGUCUAGAAGGAAUCAAUCCGUCGGACCUUGUAAGAAAGGCGAGAGAUAAGGUUUUCCACCUGAAUUGUUUCACCUGUUUAGUUUGCCGAAAACAAAUGAGCACUGGUGAAGAACUUUACGUCUUGGACGACAAUAAAUUUGUCUGUAAAGAAGAUUAUUUAUCAGGAAAACCCUUACCGGUUGCACAUCAUGUCCACGGGCACCAUGGUGGAGACUCUUUGAUGGGUUCAGGCUCAGAAGAUGAGGAGGAUGAUGGCAGUGGUGUUGGUCAUCAUCAUCAUCAUGGGAGUGUUGGUGGUACUAAUUUAGGAUCACAUAAUUUGGGAUCUGGAGGUCCAGGAAGUCAUGGUGUUGGUCACGCCGGCGAUUUGCCUCUCGGAAGUGAUUCUUGUAAACAAGAGGAUUCCGAAGAUCAAGGUUCCUUAGACGGUGAUCCGGAAACUAGAGAUAGUCAAACAGAGAACAAAAGUCCUGACGGAGGAGCUGGAGGCGGUAGUGGAGACGGCGGUGCGGGAUCUAAAAGACGAGGGCCACGGACGACUAUAAAGGCGAAGCAGUUGGAGAUUUUGAAGACUGCAUUCUCGCAAACUCCGAAACCUACGAGACAUAUUAGAGAAAGCCUUGCGAAAGAAACUGGGCUUCCUAUGAGGGUGAUACAGGUUUGGUUUCAAAAUAAGAGGAGUAAAGAGCGUAGACUGAAACAAUUGACGUCAAUGGGCAGGAGUCCAUUCUUCGGUGGCACCAGGAAAAUGAGGGGAUUUCCAUUAAAUUUAAAUCAUGGGGCCCUUGGUGGUGACGACGGGCCACCCCCGGGAUUCCCUUACUUCGCGGCAGAGAAAUUCGAGUUCGGCUACGGUGGUCCUGUUACGUUUCACCCCGACUUCUUCGGCGGUCACCCUCCACCCCACCCUCAUGGUCCACCGUUCACUGGCCCUGGCAAUCCAAUUGCAAAUCUAUUUUUGACAGGUUUAGAUCCUGCGAGUAUAGCAGGCAUGGCAGCCGCUGCUGCAGUGGCAGGGGAGUAUCCACCAACUGGUGCAGGAGGCGGGCCACCAGAAUUUCUCACGGGGCCUCCAGGUCAAGGGCCCCAAGCACCCCCGGGCGGCAGCCCUGGCGAGUUUCUAGCACCUUCAGGUGGCGGACAAGGAAAUCCCAGUGGGGGUGGAAAUGGUGGCGGCCCAGGUGGAGGGGGGGCUGGGAGCGGGUUUCCCGAGCCGCACCAGAUGCAAAGCGAAGGCCUUGUCUGGUAGGACGUAUAUUUUUCGUUAAAGUGUACCAUCUCGUUUAAAUAUUUUCGCGUAAACAUUGUUACGAUGACGAACUCAACUUCUUCUCCUUUUGUUAAAAAUUGUUUAAUAAUAAUAUUUUUACAAAAAAAAAAUCGCGGAUCAAUGUCUUUAUUUGUGUUUAUUGUAAAAUAGUUAAACCAUUACUAUUAGGUACCAUAAUAUAUUAUUAUGAAUACAUUGAGUUUCAUUAAUGUAACUAUUAUUUCAAUCAAUUAAUUUUGUAUUAUUAUCAUUAUCAACAUUAAUUUUACAUAAAAUAUUAUAUUAAUAUUUUGACGCCACUCAAAGGGACGUGUGAUAUUGAUUGGUGAUGAUGAUAAUGAUAAUUAUUAUUAUUAUUAUUAUUAUUAUUAUUAUUAUUAUUAUUGAUUAUUAUUAUUGAUUAUUAUUAUUAUUAAUAUUAUUAUUAUUAUUAUUAUUAUUAUUAAUAUUAUUAUUAUUAUUAUUGUCAUUAUUAUUAUUAUUGUGUAUAAAUAUUCAAAAAUUUAUCAUGUAACAUUGUACAAUCCUUGUUAUUUAGUUUGAAACGUCCUUGUAGAUAAAAAAUGUUACACGCUAUAAAACAUCAAAUUUAUUAACACACACACACACACAUUACACAGAUAAACGUAAAGAAAAUUAAUUUUAUUGGUAAAAUAUGAAUAAAAUCAAUAGAAUUCUAACGACAAUUCAAUAAAGGAAGACUAUUAAUGUAAAUAUAUUUGACAAACGUAAAGUCUCAAAUUGAUGAAAUAGAAUAUAAAAAACAAUGAAAAAGAGAAAAGUAUAUAUACAUAUAUUGCUGAUGAAUGUACACAACACACUAAACACUUGGCCACGAAGCACAUUGAAUAUAAAUAUAAUUAUAAUAAACCACGUAUUUCCGUAUAAUUCAAAGUGUAAGAUAAAUUAUUUCAUACCAUACAUUUUUUUAAAUAAUUUGAGACUGAAAAAAUAAUGUGUUGUGUGUUGGAAGGGAAGGAACUUUCUUUUGUUUAACUUUUGCAGAGUUCAAACUGUCAAAACUAGUCAAUUUUCAAGACGUCUUCUCAACAGAUGAAGAAUUCUUUCUUCUCCGACAGUUGUCAAUACAUACCAGAAACACAACACAUUUUUCAACGCAUUGUUUUUUCUGUUGAAGACGAUUUUUUGUUAUAUUUGUGUAUAGUUUGCAACAUUCAUUUUUAAAGUUGAAAACUCAAAAAAUUUGGAAUAAAAAACAUGUAUAUUAGGCAACUAUAAAAAUUAUAAGCGAAGUUGCAGAAAUUAAUCUCUUUUUCCUACUCCUCAUUCACAU